CUUGCUGGUUCAUCAGGUGAUGAAUUCUCUCUGCGUAAACUGACGGUCCACCAACGCUGUUUCUCUGAGGAAGACUCUACAGGCUUCAUCCCUUUACACGACGCCGCCAUUCAGAGCAACCCGAACAUUCUGCAGAUCACCUUCAACGCGUCUCCUGAAGACGCGAAGCACAGAAAGACUCGUCGUGGGAAAACGGCGCUCUUCUUAGCAGUAGAGAACGGGCUUCUGGACAAUACUUUCUUCCUGCUGGAUCACGGCUGCAGUCCAGACACGCUGGAUAAAGAGGAGGACUCGCCUCUCAUUGUAGGUCAGAAAACACUCUAUUAAUAUUAAAAGGAAAUCAGUUAUCAGAUACUAGAGAGUUUUUGAUUGGUCAGAGGAUUUGAGGUGACGUCAAAAA